AUGCAGCGGCAGGAUGAGUGCGCUAUGCGCUGUGUGUCCUCCUUCCCCGACCUGACCUGGACAAAGAAGAAGUCGCCCAAGCCACUUCAGGAUGCUCACCGGAGAUUUCCUGGACCAAAGCACCUUCAGGACUACUGCGGCCACGUCCCCCGGAAGUUCAACCCUUUCCACGGCGGUCACAUCCUGGAGAAGUCGGCUUCUUUGCCAGCCAUUGCGACCAAGUCAACACAGAAGUCUUCAGCUGCAAGCACCAGCUUUGGUAUGUGGUACGGGCAUGUGGGCAGCUUUCCCAGCCCCGUCGACAACUGGGUCCCUGCUCAUUUCGCUGCUUACCUGAGGUGGAAGGGCAACACUACUAGCGGCACCAAUGCGGCGAUGGCAUCAACGAAGUGUGCAGCUUUGGCAAGGGCCGAUGCCUCUCAAAACAGGGGCGACCAAUCUGGAACAUGCCCGCACAGCACAUCACAGCACGUUGACAUGCUCACACUGCUCCUGUCUCCGUCGUUAGAUUCGCUGAUACAGUUCUGCCCGCCUCCUCGACAGCGAUGGCUGAAGCCGGGGCAGUGGCGGAGCAUGGUGGCAGUGGACAUCAUCGCAGUCACGACAGUUCUGGCAGCAUGCUCAAGGAGCUCUCAGUGGCGGAGAGCCUUGGUGUUGAUGUCUGCUAUGGAGCUCCAACCGGACACAACGACCUGGAACACGGUGAUUCAUGGCCAGAGCAAAGGCUUGGACUGGCGGCGAGCAUUCCUUGAGACAAGCGCCCUUUGCAGAAGGUCCCUGCAGACCUCGAAGGUCACUUGCACGGAAAGUCUCACGGCCUGCUGUGGUUGCAGGAAGUGGAUGCAAGCCCUGGGCAUUCUGCAGCUACGGCACCCUUCACUGCGAGCCGAUGUGAUAAUGUACAGCUCUUCGCUGUCUGCGGCGACGAGUGAAUGGAAGAUUGGCCUGCAAGGAAUUACUGCCAUGGCCUGGCAAUACCUUCAAGUGGACAUCAUCACCUGCAACUCGCUACUGCACGUGGCGCGUGGACGACACGCACGUUGGCAGGCCAUGGCCAACCAGUUAAUGGCGUUUCAGCGCGUCGGAUUAAAGCUCACGCCUGUGACGGUCAAUGUCGUCACCAAUGGUUUUGCUGAGAGUGGUCAAUGGCACUGGGCUAUGCAUGCCCUUGGUGCGGUAAGACAGGACAGCUUGCAAGAUAACUUGGCCAUCUAUGGGUCCGCCGUGCAUGCAUGUGCAGCACGCUGGGUUCGUGCGUCUCAGCUCCUGCAAAAUCUACGGCACUCCCUCAUCGAAGCGAACACGAUCGUGUUCGGAGCGGCCACAGCUGCGUGCGGUAAAGAUCAAAGAUGGACACGAUCCACUCACUUACUGUCCGAGCUCCGGUUAAGUGCACUCCGAGUGAGCACAGUGGCACAGAAUGCAGUCCUCAAUUGUUGCAGCCAAGCUCAGCUUUGGAGGCUUGCGCUGGCAUUUUGGUACACCGCCCUGGGACACGGGCUUGAAUUAGACGUCGUCAGCUCCGGGACAGCGAUCAAGGCCUCCGGAGACUGGGGAUUGGCAGUGCAGCAUUUGAAUUUGUCGCGCCAGAGGACCCUGCAGAUAGAGAUCAUCACGCUCAACACAGCUCUGGACUCCAUGGAAGGAGCCAUGCGUUGGACCGGUGCCCUUUCCCUCCUACGCCGAUUUGCACCUGUCAUGCUGCAAACGGACGCAGCAUCCGACAACACCAUCAUAAGCGCCCUGGGCAAGGCGGGCGCCUGGAGCCUCGCGGCUUCGGCGGCUUCCGGGUUUCUCCAGCGCAGACGUGCAGAUGUUGUUUCCCUUGGCGCGGCCGUGUCCGCCUGCGAGCGAGCCUUCUGCUGGCAGCGGGGCCUCCUCCUUCUCACUCUUUUUGCCCGUCGCAGCCUUCCGCUGAAUGCCGUGGUGUGCAGUGCAGCCAUUGGUUCGUGUGAGAAGGCGCAGCUGCAGCUAGCGAUGGAACAUGCGCGUGGUUUGCAGUUGCCCAGCCGAGACCAUGUGCUAACUUUUGCUGUCCCAAAGAGGAUUGGGAAGCUUUGGCCAUGGUGGAGAGGGCAUCGCCUCCCCGAGCCAUGGCCUCGUGGCGGCAUGGGCAGAGAAGUCCUGGAUUGGCUGCCCCUCUUGUCAGGAACGCUGCAUCCGCGGGCUGGCGGCCUCCCAACCAUUCCGGCUGGCAUUACCUCAGCGGCAUCACCUGGAUGGCGACUCAUGGGCAUAGCAUCGGGCAAAAAGCUGGAGGUCUAUGCUGCCCUGUCCACCACACCCUCGCGGUUGCGAUCCGGCCGUGAGCUGAAGUCGUGCCUCAUGUCGCUCUUGAAGCAGCAAGCUCCCAUGCAAGUGCUCCUAGCUGUCCCGCGGGGUCCGUGGCGACGCGGUGGCGGCGCGGCCGCGUAUCCGGCUGCUCUUCCGCCAUGGCUGGUACUUCUGAAGCGGCGGUGGAGGCGACUAAAGGUUCUUCGGUGCACGGAUUUCGGACCCGGAACUGGCUUGCUUGCAGCUGCGAAGCUGGUUCGAGACCCGAGCGCCUGGAUUCUUGCCGUGGAUGAUGAUCACAGCUAUCACCCAGAACUCAUAACGAACCUACUCCGCUUUGCUGCUGGAACUCCCGGUGCCGCCGUCGGUGCCCAUGGCUGGCUGGCUUUGAGUGACAGAGACUUUGGCAAGGCCUCUCAGGUGGCUGGUCCGGCCCUGGCCCGGAAUUUGCGAAGAAGCGCCGAAGAAGGGCCCGCAGGGCCCAUCCUCUGCCACUUCCUUGGGCUUUUGCUGCAGAGGCAAAUGCUGGAUGGCUUGAGGCAGCCCAGUCGAAGCUCCGCCUGCAGCGACCACAACGACAUCUGGCUGUCAGCACACCUCGCAAAGAGGAGGAUUCGGCGGGCAAUGGUUUCCGAUCCCCUUGGUGCAAGUGACUUGUCAACUCAUCGAAGACAGGGCCUGUCCUUGUCUCGGAGAAGACGUCGGCGACCUGAGCACAGCUGUCUCGCAGAGUUCUUGGAGACACAUGGAGCUGAGUUGUGGAAACCCUUCCCCAGAGUCGUGCUAUGCUCCUUGCAGCCGCCGCUUGGCAUUGCCGAUCACAUUGGCGCAGCAGGUCUGCCGGCCGAUGCUAUCUACAGUUGCGGUCGUCAUCCGCGACCGCGGGACCGUGAUGGGCGCAACGGCAUCAGGUGGCUGCCGUGUUCGGCUUCCAGUGAAGAGGAGUUUCUGUCGCAUGUGCUGCUGUGGGAACGUGAGGCUUCGACAAUCCUCAUGCUCCCACCUUCGCUACCUGACCAGUCUGCGCAGAGCAGGGAAGAAGCAGCAGUGAUGACGGCGCUGCUCAAGUGCCUGGCCAAUUUGCCUGUCUCGGAGGGUUUCUGCGAAGCACAGCGCUGGCGGGCUGUGACGGUUGCCGAGCCGUGGCACAAUCUUGGCCGGAAUGACAGGGAGUGGGGUGAGGGAUCAUGGGACUGA